AUGAAGGGGAUCAUAGUCACAUUGGCUAUAGCCAUUGUGGACCCAGAUUACAGCAGCAGUAAGACCUAUGAGUAUGAUUAUGAGGGUCAGCUUCUGGCUGGGCUUCCUGAGAAGGGCCUGGCAAGAGCUGGCCUGAAGUUGGGCUGCAAAGUGCAAAUCAGUGGAGUCGCCCAGAAAACAUACUUGCUUAAGAUUGUUGAUCCCCAGAUUAAAGAGUAUAAUGGGAUCUGGCCCAAAGAUCCAUUCAGACCUGCAGAAAAACUCUCCCAGGCAUUGGCUUCUCAGCUACAGAAACCCAUCAAGUUUGAGUACAGCAACGGUCAUGUUGGAAACAUUUACUCUCCCGCGGAGGUAUCAGAGACUGUUACCAACAUCCAGAGAGGAAUCCUGAACCUUCUGCAACUCAACAUCAAGAAGACCCAGAAUGUGUACGAUCUACAGGAGAAUGGAGUUCAAGGUGUCUGCCAAACAAACUAUGUGAUUCAGGAAAACCAGAAGGCAAAUCGCAUCAUUGUCACAAAAUCCAAGGACCUGAAUAACUGUGAGGAUGGAAAAAAGAAGGACAUUGGUAUGGUUUAUACAGAGCACUGUGCCCGCUGUCAACAAAAUGGAAAGAACCUGCGAGGUGCCGCUACCUACACAUACGUGAUGAAACCCACUGACAAUGGUGCUCUGAUCACUCAAGUGAAUGCUCAGGAGAUACAUCAGUUCACACCCUUUAAUGAAAUGCAUGGAGCUGCUCAAAUGGAAGCAUGGCAAAAGCUAGUUCUGAAGAAUAUCAAAAACAGCCCAGUAAAAAUGUCUGCAAGUCAGUUCCAGAACCGAGGGUCUCUGCACUACCAGUUUGCAUCUGAACUUCUCCAGUCACCAGUUCAGCUCUUCAGGACCAAAAAUCCAGAGACAGAGAUAGUAGAGAUCCUGCACCAUCUGGUCCAGAACAAUCAGGAGCAGGUCCACUCUGAUGCCCCAGCCAAGUUCCUUCAACUCACCCAGUUGUUGUGUUCAGCCAGCCAUCAGAACAUUGAGGCCAUCUGGAAGCAGUUUCAAAGCAGAAAUGACUACAGACACUGGAUCCUGGAUGCAGUUCCUGCAAUAGGAACGCCCAAUGCACUGAAGUUCAUAAAGGACAAAAUCCAGAAUAGGGACAUCACAGAGACAGAAGCAUCCCAGGCUCUGCUCACAGCAAUGCACCUAAUGAAAGCUGACCAAGACACCAUGCAAGUUGCGGCUGACAUCGCCACCUCUAGCCAUGUUCAGAAAUCACACGUUCUCCGCAAAAUCUCUCUGCUUGGUUAUGGCUCCAUGGUUCACAAGUACUGUGCUAAAUUGCAGAGCUGCCCAGAGAAAACAUUACAACCUCUCCAUGACCUUGCUGCUGAUGCUGCUAGCAGAGCCCAUCAUGAAGACAUGGUUCUUGCCCUAAAGGCUUUGGGCAAUGCAGGACAGCCUUCUAGUAUCAAGCACAUCCAGAAGUUCCUACCAGGGUUUUCCUCUGGAGCUUCACAGCUUCCAGUCAAAAUUCAAGCAGAUGCUGUGAUGGCCCUCAGGAACAUCGCCAAGAAGGAACCAGGAAAGGUUCAGGAAGUUGCACAGCAGAUCUUUAUGGAGAAAAAAUUACAUCCUGAGGUCCGAAUGCUGGCUUGUGUAGUUCUGUUUGAAACCAGACCCCCCAUGGCACUGGUGGCAACGCUCGCUGAUGCCCUGCUGAAGGAGACCAGUUUGCAAGUGGCCAGUUUCACCUACUCCCACAUGAAGGCUCUCACCAGAAGCACUGCCCCAGACACACGCCCAGUUGCUGCUGCCUGCAAUGUAGCUGUCAAGCUUCUGAGUUCCAAAUUUGAUAGGCUGAGCUACCAAUACAGCAAGGCUAUUCACCUUGAUGCUUUCAAAACUGAACUGAUGGCUGGUGCUGCCGCUAAUGUCUUUGUGAUAAAUGAUGUAGCCAACAUCCUCCCCACAGCUGUGGUGUCCAAAGUCCGGGGAUAUAUGGUUGGAUCUGCAGCAGAUCUUCUAGAGGUUGGAGUCCGAGCAGAGGGACUGCAAGAAUUCCUUAGAAAACCACAGACAUCAGUCAGCAGUGCUCACAGCAAGAUUGAGCGCAUUCUUAAAACUCUCUCAGGCUGGAAGGCCAUACCAUCCAACAAACCACUGGCAUCAGCCUAUAUCAAGCUGUUUGGACAAGAGGUUUCCUUUUCUGACAUUGACAGGAAUAGCAUCGGGAAUGCAAUUCAGACAAUGACUGGACUUUUAGAAAGACAAGACACUGUAAGAAGGGUUGUCAGGAGGCUUCAGGAUGGAGCUGCAGCACAGUGGUCCAAGCCCUUGCUUGCUGCAGAAGUGCGUCAAAUUGUACCCACUUGCGUUGGCUUUCCCAUGGAAAUAAGCUUGUACUCUGCUGCUGUAUCUAAUGUUGCAGUUAAUGUCCGAACUCAGCUGUCACCUGCUCCCACUGACAGUUUCCGAAUCUCUCAGCUGCUGAAUUCCCACAUUCAGGUGCAAGCCGACCUCAGCCCCAGUGUCGCCAUUCACACAGUCGCAGUGAUGGGCAUCAACACCCAUUUAAUUCAGGCUGGAGUGGAAUUACGUGCAAAAGCCCGCGUGGCAAUCCCAAUGAAGUUCAAUGCAAGGAUCGACAUGAAGGAACAGAACUUCAAGAUAGAGGCUUUACCGUGUCAGCAGGAGGAAGAGCUUCUGUUCCUGAGGGUUCAAGCAUUUGCCGUAUCCAGAAAUUUGCAAGAUUUAUCUGAAAGAAAGACCUCGCUAUUGCUUGAUUCAGCUCAAGUGAACAUAAUGAAGCAGCGUUUCACAUCUCAAGAACAAACACCUUUUCAACAUGAACAAGGCAUAUCAAGACUGUCCUCUGAUCAAUUGCAAUCAGCAGAAGUUCCGUAUUCUGAAGAUCAAGCAGAACAGCAAGAGGCAUCUGCUGAACCACACAACUACUGCACAAAAGCACCAAAUUUCGGGAUCCAGUUCUGCUUUCAGGGAAAAUCACAAAAUGCUGCUUUCAUCAGAAACUCUCCAUUGUAUAAAAUCAUUGGAGAACACACAGCGAAAGUGUCUCUUAAACCAGCUCAUAUAGAGGAAUCUCUUGAAAAACUUCAGAUUGAAAUUCAGGCAGGAGGAAAGGCAGCUUCAAAGAUAGUAAAACUAAUAUCCCUGAAGGUUAUGCCCAAUGAGGAGGAAACAGAGGAAGGUCCUCAAGGAAAAACAGUCCUGUUGAAACUGCAAAGAUUCCUGAAAACAGAAAAGGGAGGCCUGAGAAAAUCAGUUCAUAGAAAUAGAAACUCGUCAUCCUCCAGCUCUAGCAGCUCCUCCAGCCAGCAGGACAAGGAGCAGAACAAGCAGCUGAACAUGAACAUCAAGCACAAGAGCCAACCAACUUCCUCCUCCUCCUCUUCCUCCACCUCCUCCUCCUCCUCUUCAUCCAGCAGCUCAUCUUCCCAGGAGGGGCGGAAGAAACAGGAAAAGCAGAGCAAGGGACAGGUUCAAGAUCUACACCGUGAUCAAGACCAGGAUCAAGACCGGGAUCAAGACAGGAAUAAAAAAAGCAGCAGCAGCAGCAGCAGCAGCAGUUCCUCUAGUGACAGCAGUCAGAAAAAGUUGAGAUGGCAAUACACGAUUUAUGAUUUGAGGUUCAAGUCUGCUAGUGCCCAUCAGAAUGGUCUCAAGUCUUCAUCAUCUAGCAGCAGCAGCAGCAGCAGCAGCAGCAGUGAUUCCAGACUAUCGUCAGCAUCUCAAAAGCCUAAGUUCCUUGGCGAUGCAAUGCCACCCAUGCUUGCCAUUGUUCUUCGAGCCAUAAGAAGUGAUGGGAAACAGCAGGGGUACCAAGUGGCUUUCUAUUAUGAUGACAAAACAAAUAAACCCAGAGUUCAGGUGAUGGUUGCUAACUUAAGAGAACAAAGCAAGUGGCAAGUAUGUGUGGAUUCUGUGCAGACCAGUGACCAGGAAACUAAGGUGAAGAUUCAAUGGGGCGAGGAAUGCCAGGACUACAGGGUGGGCAUGAAGGUGUCGACUGGCAACUUGGCCACUCACCCGGCUGUGCAGCUCAAAAUGCAGUGGGGAAAGAUUCCUAAGAUAGCAAAACAAGCCACAAAAAUGGUUGCUGAAUAUGCUCCUGGCACUGCAUUGCUGUUAGGAUUUUCAGAGCUCUGGCAGAGAAACCCAUCCAAACAGAUUGCUUUUAUUUUAGCAGCAACUUCCACAAGGACCAUUGAUGUAGUUAUUAAAGCACCAAAGAUGACCCUUUUCAAUCAAGCUCUUCGCACUCCCUUUUCAUUACCUCUUGGUCAGAAUGCUAUCUCUGAGUCUGAAAAAUCCAGAUGGAGCAUAGCUAACAUUCCUGUUAUCCUGGAGGAAAGAAUGUCAAGACAGUGUACAAUUGAGAGCAACAAAAUCAUCACGUUUAAUAACAAGAAGUUCUCAACAGAAUUUCCAGACUCUUGCCAGGUUGUUCUGUCUCAAGACUGCUCCUCUGAUCUCCAGUGGAUAGUGCUUGCAAAACAGACUGCGUCUUCAAAAUACAAAGCAGUAAACGUGAAAGUGGCUAACAAGGACAUUGAAUUGUAUUCUUAUGGACAGGCCUCUCAAGUGACAGUUAAUGGCGAGGAGAUUUCCAACCUGCCAUAUGAUUCUGAUUCAAUCUCAAUUAUCACUACAGAAAAUGGAUUAACCCUUACAGCAGACAAAUAUGGCCUAAACAAAGUUUACUUUGAUUAUGGUCAAUACAAGAUCCAGGUUGGAUCCUCUAUGAAAGGGAAGACUUGUGGGGUAUGUGGCCGUGGGGAUGGAGAAACCAGGAAGGAGUACCAGAUGCCAGGCGGAUGUUUGGCCCAGAGCUCAGAUAGCUUUGCUCAGUCAUGGGUGAUUCCAGGAGACUCCUGCAGUGACAAUUGUAAACUAAAGUGAGAGUUUGUGAAGUUGGACAAACAGGUUAACCUUCAGGGAAGAGAAGUCAAGUGCUAUUCAAUUGAUUCUAUACUUCAGUGUAUGCCUGGAUGCUCCCCUGUAAAAACCUAUCCUGUCACUAUUGGCUUCCACUGCCUCCCAACUGACUCUGCUGUGGAUGUCCGAGAAGGAAACUUCAGCCAGAAGAAUGAAGACAUUGAAGAGACUGUGAACGCACACCUGGCUUGCUCAUGGAGUUUACACUGCUCCUAA